AUACAUCGUAUAAAUUUGCACGUUAUACUUUUUGCAAAUUAUGGAAACAAACAGCGAAAAGUUUUAUAAAGACAUGAUUUCCACGUGUGAAUCAAGAAUUUCUCAGUUAUUGACAUUUAGUAAUUCCAGUACAAUUUUAGAGGAGGAUAAAUCCUUCAGUUUUUCUAUGGAUCUCAGCCCUGGGAAAGAAAUCGAGAUAAACGAACUGAUCGAGGCAAGGUCUCAGUUAGAGAAAUGCAGAGAUAAAGAUUUACUGGCUGCGUUAAAGGACGAAUUCUGUAGACAAUUAAGAACCCAUGAAUCCCUCAGGUUGGCAAAGGCAGUGAUACCACCGUCCCAAAUUGUGCCGUCAUCGGAACAUCAUUAUUUUAAAAGUCAUGACGGAACGAGAUUUUGUCACUUUGAUGGACCGAGAAUCGCCAGGGAAUUGAUUUUGGGUGGGAUACCUAAAUUGUUGUUGGCAGGACGGGAUGAUGCUCAAAUGUGCCAAUGGAAUUUGGAAGAGGCAAAAAUAGCUGAAGAAUUAGGAGAUGAAAUUACCGAGAAAGAUUUUAACACGGUGUGGUUCGCCCAUGGGGGGUUUCCAUAUGUGAGGACGAAUCGAAAAAUACGAAGAUUUCUGAGUUCCGCUAUCAAAAAGUUACCCAGCUAAUUGCGCGGAGAAAAAGUAUUUUAAAUCUGAGGCUUAAAUGAUAUUAAACGAUAUUUUUUUUAAUGAUUAAAUUCUCGAUAUUCAUACAUGCGAAAUAAUUAAUUUAAAUGUAACAUUUCAAGUCCCAAAGUUAUUUUUUGUAAUAUUUAUGUUUAAGAAUGCAACAGAUUGAAGAAUUGACAAUUACAUAUUAUGUAGAAUAUACAACGAUAAAUAUAUAAAUUAUGAUUUAAAAACA